AUGAAGUACAUUACCUUCAAUCGACACUACAAAAAUGCAUUCGCCCAUCUCUACCGGCGAGCACUGUCCAGCAGCAGCAACUCAAACACCAACUCAAAUUCCAACACAACAACAAAGAGCACAUCGACAGCGCAACGAGAUGAGUGGCGCAAGCUGGCCACCAAGCAGAUGAAGGGAAAAGACCCGGAUGGCCUGAUCUGGAAGACAAAUGAGGGCAUCAAACUGAAGCCGGUGUACUUCAAUGAGGACCGAGAGGGCACCGAUCGGACGGAGCUGCCCGGCAAGUUUCCCUUCACCCGUGGUCCCUACCCGACAAUGUACGCCCAGCGACCGUGGACGAUUCGCCAGUACGCCGGCUUCAGCUCCGUGGAGGAGAGCAACAAGUUCUACAAGGAGAACAUUGCCGCCGGUCAGCAGGGCCUCUCGGUGGCCUUCGACCUAGCCACCCACCGAGGCUAUGACAGCGACGACCCGCGGGUGCAGGGCGACGUGGGCAUGGCCGGCGUGGCCAUCGACUCGGUGGAGGACAUGAAGGUCCUCUUCGCAGGCAUCAACCUGAAGGACAUCAGCGUGUCGAUGACCAUGAACGGCGCCGUCCUCCCCGUCAUGGCCUUCUACAUUGUCGCCGCGGAGGAGUCGGGCGUCGAGAAGAAGUACCUCUCGGGGACGAUUCAAAAUGACAUCCUCAAGGAGUUCAUGGUGCGGAACACGUACAUCUACCCGCCGGAAAGCAGCAUGCGCAUCAUCGGCGACAUCUUUGCCUACACCAGCAAGAACAUGCCCAAGUUCAACUCGAUCUCCAUCUCGGGCUACCACAUGCAGGAGGCGGGCGCCACCUCGCUCAUCGAGAUGGCCUACACCAUCGCCGACGGGCUGGAGUACUGCCGAACGGGCGUCAAG